UCAAGAAAAAGGAUAGCGGUCGUCGAUUUCCAAUCAUGUCUGGCAGGAAAAAGAGUUUGUUGAAAGGUAUGUUCGGAAAGAACAAGGACGAGGAAGACCCUGGAAAGGGUAAAAAAACCAAGGCCAUCCGGCUUGAGAGGGUACCGUCGACCCAUGAGUCUAUGCAAUCAAGAUCACCAACUGAGGCCAGGAUGAGCCACCGCUCGGAUGCGCCGCUUCACUAUGAAGAACACCAUGGAGCACCGGUAACGGCUGUCCACGAAGAGGACCCAUAUUCGCCUUACGACGGUGGGUCGAUGAUGCGCCAACCUAGCACUAUCAACGUGCGACCACCGUCUCAAUUCAUCCGGGCAAGUCAAUAUAACCCACAUCUACACCACCACGACGAAGAAGAGGGAGGAUACUUUGAGCAGCCGUUUAGUGAUAGUCCACGCGGUACAUUAAACCAUCAUGCCAACGUUCAUGAGCCUCCAUUUGAACACGUUGAAACAGCGCACCCAGCCGUCGUAAACCUCGGGGAGCAUGAGCACGCAGGAGGGGGCCACCCAGGCCACGUGGCUGUGGCUGGACUCUCGAGGCAGGGGACCCCUCGCAUGCUCAAACCCGGCGACAAAAUGGAAAUCGACCCCAGAAACCCACCGACAUUUGUGGUCGACGAAGGCGUGACUUUGGAGAUCGGCGACGACGAAAACGGAUACAUUCCUUAUGAAGAAUAUCUUGCCAACCUGGCGAAGCAGCCGCCUCCAAAGACUGGAGGUACCUACAUCGUCCAGGGUGGUGGAGAUGUUGUCAUUCAAGACGACGCCGGCAACGUUAUCAGGACAAUACCAGGAACGGGAGCAAUGGCGGGACGAGGUCCUCCACAAAUUCAUGAACCUCCACAUAUUAUACCUGUUUUAGUACCAAUUUCAAGGCGAAAGUCGACACCUCGAAAAGCAAAAAUUGGCAAGGAACGUAAACCAUUGCCUAUUACGAGAGCACGCCCGCGCGUUUCGCUGGCUGCUAAUGAGUUUCGGUCGCCAGAAUUUAUUCUGGAACCACCAACAAUAAAGAACUCAUUUUCGUCGAUAAUGGAUUUAGUCAAUUGUACUACGAUUAGCCAAGUAAUUCAGGUUGGAACGAAGACCACAGCCGACAUACCGGAGAAGCAGAGGUCACCAAAAGUAGAAGUGAAGGAGAAACUUCCAGUAACAGACGCGAAGCCACAAGUCUCGCAGAAAGUAGAGGUGACACAAGAGACCCAGAAAUCCGAAUCGACGCCGCAACACCAAGAGCAGAAGGUGCAGGAUCCCAUCGCUAACGUCAUCACUGCCCCUCUCGCGACACCUUCGGCUCCAUCCCGUUCAGUCCCUGAGCCACCUAGCGCUGUAGUGGAAGAGCUAGAGCAACAAAGGCUCACCCCUGUGCAAGAGGCUUCCGACACUACACCUUCAUCAGCCGUCUCCGGUCCUCCGAUGACAUCCCCAAAUUCCCUCGAAGAAUUCGAUGCAGCGGACGAUGCAGACUCGGAUCUUGCAUUGAACCGCCCAGGAAUCCCGUUCGGCUUGUCUACGGCUAACACGGUUUCGAUCUCUACGGCCCUGAAACCCUUCCCAUCCUUAUCAAUGGAGCCCCAUACUCCAGUUGAAGAGCUAUCAGACUUGUCCGAGAUCAUUCUCUCGCCGAGUCUUAUGCAACGUCGUGUAUCAGCAGCCACAACGGCCCAGAGCACCGAAAGCCCUAAAACCGCCAGUACUCCAAGAGAUACACACCGCCCGGCGAUACCAAGUCCAGAGAGAACGCGCAGGAGUGUUUUCACAGAGGAGCCCGUUCUUAUUGAGGAGACGUUGGCUUCAAACGUGACCCCUCCUCCGGCAUACAGACCAACCCCUCCUACGCUGAUUCAUUCCCAAGCCCAAGAGCCUACCCCACUCCCUGGAUCGCCUUCUAACGAGAGCCAACCGAGCACUCCUCCUCCUCCUCGGCCAGUGAGGAACCCCACCCGUUCAUUGAGGGGUGCGACCGCUCCUUCUCUCCCAACUUCUCUGCCGAUCCCUCCGGCCAAUGCUGUUCUUCGAACCGCGCACAGAAACCCAACUGCUCCGAUUCCAAUCCCCACUUCUACCGUCAACAUGGAUCGUGCGACGCAGCCGCGAAUGAACGCUUCCCCCAAGCUACGAGCUUUGAUUCAAAAAUUCGAAGGAGGAUCGAACGACGGGGACGACUUUGCAAACAAUUUCAUUGGAAAUACAAGGGCGAUGACACCUGGUAGAAGGGGAAGUGGCGCAUCAGAUAUGGUGAAGGUUGACUCUAGUUCUCUAUGGUCGUCCUAUACGCCUCCAUCGAGCAGGCCAGGCACCCCCAACAUGUUCUCAGAGUUUGGAGAGAAGCUUAUGAUGGAGCGAUUGAUUGAGAGAGAUAUUCUCAAUGCAGAGGCGACGCAUCCAUAUAGGGAGGGCAGGACCGUCAACAACGACUCUCGUGAGUGGGAUCUCCGUCCAGUUGCCGCUUCUGCAUCUA